AUGACGCAACUAAUUGAAAGGCAUAGAAGGCAAUCAGAGAACUCGAACAAAUUAGGACAACCAUCUAUCCAACUUCAGGAAAAUGACAGCUAUGGCGUGCUCAGCAAGAUGAUCAUGGAUAGGACUCGUGAGUUAAGGCAGCUUAAGGGAGAAGAGCUCCAAGGACUUGACAUGGAUGAGUUGAUCAAACUAGAGAAAAAGGUACAAGGAGUACUAAACCAUGUUGUGGAAACAAAGAAUGACAAAUAUUUUAAAGAGAUCAAUUUGCUCAUGAAAAAGGAAUCUAAAUUAAUGGAAGAAAAUGCUAAGUUGAAACAGCAAGCAGAAAAAUCUGAAGGUACUGUAAAUGGUAUUGAGCAAAGCAAUCAAUCCGAGCGCAUCACUAAUUCUCAUGGCUCUGAUACUGCCCUCAGGCUUAGCUUUCCUUUCCCCAUCUGA